UCCAACCGGCACCACGUAGUGACCCUUCAUUGCGACCUGGAUAUCACCACUGGAGUCCCGUUCCAAGCUUGACUCCCGACAUUCGGUCAUCCAUGGCUAGUCCACAAGGUCGAAAGAGGCAUCGCUCCGACGAGCACUCGCAACAAGAUGGCUUCAUCAGCGGCCGAAAGAGGCCGUGUACCGACAAGCCUUUUCGAGACGGCCGUCGGGUCAAGAGACCUGGGCCGGCGUCCAAGGAUCUCAAGUCCUGACAGUAUCCGUAUGAGUUUUGGGAUCAGAUUGUCGAAGAUCCCGGUCACCCGAAACGCUCAAAAGAACACCACAGGCGCACUCGCAGUCGCUGUUCCCACCUUCCCCCCAGACACGCUCACACGAGACGCCAUGCCCACGAUCGCUAGCGACUUAGCUCUGUUUGCACAGCACAUUGGCCCCGAUUUGCAAGACCUUCGAGGAUACACUGAUAGUAUAACCACUCUCUCAUCCGCCGCCGCCGCCAUGAGCUGCCCCUCGCGAAGUCGAGCGACGGGGUCCACCAAUCCCACAACUCUGCAAGCAGCUUCAAGUAUGACUACAGGCAAAAAGUUGACAACCUCCUUUAACCGUGGCUUCGAACAGCAUCUGACCGACCAUGCUGUCCAUCCGAUAUCGAGAUCACGGAAGCCAGAAUUGACAGACGCGAGAGCGGGCCCCGUAGUCCCGAAGCGGUCACGCUUGCCGCCCAACUUCUCCGACGGCGCGUUCGAGACUUUCCAAUAAAGCGGCCCUCAGACCAAGGGCAAGGAAAAUUCGGGCAAAACGUCCUCCCAAUGCUUUCAAUCCCUCCACUCUUUGCUACGACUCGUUUGACCGAUCCUCACCCGCAUGCCUUCACUGAGCUUGCACAUUCCUUGCUCCACCACAUCAAUGCGCCAACGCAAAGAUGCGGACCCCGUAGAGUAGUCCCCAGUAGCUCUUAGAUCGAGAAUAAAGGCUGAAGAUCAGGUAUAAAUGCAGAAACCUCGUAGGCAAGCUCCAAGGCAAGUCGGGAGCCCAGAAA